GGACAUUGAGGGCACGCACCCUCCGCAGCCGUGCAGAUGGCCGCGCCGGGUGCGCCCCUGGGGCCAGAGGUGGUUCUGCGGAAGCUGGCGCUGCGGUGGAAGAAGGUGCUGAGCGCCGAGGAGAUGGAGCUGUUCGAGCUGGCGCAGGCGGCGGGCGGUGCCAUGGACCCCGACUUGUUCAAGAUCCUGGUGGACCUGCUCAAGCCGAAAGUGGCGCCCCUCGCCAUCUUCCAGAUGCUCAAGUCCAUGUGCGCCGCGCAGAGGCUGGCGAGUGAGCCCCAGGAUCCCGCGGCCGUGCUCCUGCCCGCGCCCAGCGUGCCCGAGACCCAAGGGAGGAGCAAGGGCAGCGGAGCGCUCAGUGGAGGCCCAACGCGGGCAGAACGCAGGGGCCGGGUAGGAUCAAGUUAGAUGAUGCCCCC